AUGGCUUCUCUGGUGCGGCGGUGCUCUCGGUCGCGCGGCUGCAGCCUCGCGGCCCUUCUCGCGCUGGCAGCUCUCGCCUCUCCUGGCCGUCUCGGCGCGGCGGCGGCGGGCGAGGGCGGCAGCGGAGGGAAGUGGCACGUCGUCAGCGUCAGCUCGCUGCUGCCGAGCACGGUCUGCACGGCCACGGAAGCGCCACCCAACCCGUCGGCGCUCAGCGUCGUGCACCGGCACGGCCCGUGCUCGCCGCGGUGGUCACGCGGCGACCCACCACCGUCUCACGCGGAGAUCCUGGGCUGGGACCGGGAGAGGGUCGACGCCAUACACCGCAAGGUCGCCGGCGCAGCGGCCUCCAAGAGUGCGAACGCGACCCUGCAGGCUCACUGGGGCAAACCCCUCGGCACCAGCAACUACUUCAUCUCGGUCGGCCUCGGGACGCCGGCGAGGGACCUGGCGGUGGAGUUCGACACCGGCAGCGACCAGUCGUGGGUGCAGUGCAAGCCGUGCGGGGACUGCUACGAGCAGCACGACCCGCUCUUCGACCCCGAGGGGUCGUCGACCUACUCCGCCGUAUCCUGCGGCGCGCGGGAGUGCCGAGAGUUCGGCUCGCGGAACUGCUCCUCAUCAUCAGACGACAAGAAGUGCCGGUACGAGGUUUCGUACAGCGACCAGUCGCGGACCGUGGGCAACCUCGCGCGGGACACGCUGGCACUGACGCCGACAGCAACCCUCCCGGGCUUCAUGUUCGGGUGCGGCCACAGGGACACCGGGGUGUUCGGCGAGGUCGACGGACUCCUCGGCCUCGGCCGCGGGAAGGCGUCCUUGGCCUCGCAAGCGGCGGCCCAGUACGGCGUGGGCUUCUCCUACUGCCUCCCAUCGUCGCCGAGCACCGUGGGGUACCUGACCUUCGGUGCAGCCGCAUCCGCGCCAGCGAACGCGCAGUUCACGGCGAUGGUUACCGGCAAGCACGACGCGUCGUUCUACUACCUCAACCUCACCGGCGUAAGGGUCGCCGGGAGGGCGGUCGAGGUACCCCCGUCCGCGUUCGCGACGGCGGCCGGCACGAUAAUCGACUCGGGCACGGCGUUCAGCCGCAUCCCGCCGCGCGCCUACGCCGCGCUCCGGUCGUCGUUCCGGCGCGCCAUGGGCGGCAGGUACAGGAGGGCGCCCGCCCCGCCGCCCUUUGACACGUGCUACGACCUCGCCGGGCACGAGGCCGUGCGGGUGCCGUCGGUGGCGCUGGCGUUCGACGGCGGCGCCACCGUGGUCGACCUCGACCCCAGCGGCGUGCUGUACGCGUGGGACAGCAUGUCGCAGGCGUGCCUGGCGUUCGCGCCCAGCCCCGACGAGGCGUCCCUGGGCGUGCUCGGGAACGUGCAGCAGAGGACGCUCGCCGUGGUCUACGACGUGGGCAACCAGAAGAUCGCGUUCGGCGCCGAGGGCUGCGCCUAG